CAGAAGAAGAAGAGACGAUUUUUGCCCGGGUUGCUAAAACAUCACUUUUAUGUUGUAGACUUCAGUCAAACAAGCUCUAAAUGAUUUGUUUUUUGCUAAGAAACGGACUAACCUAACGAGUGUGAGAUACCUGAAGGAGACGGUGGUCGCUGCCUUAUCCGCAGGAUGAAGGUGAAAAUCAAACAGUGGAACGGGGUUGCCUCCUGGCUCUGGGUGGCCAACGAUGACAACUGUGGGAUCUGCAGGAUGGCCUUCAACGGCUGCUGUCCUGACUGCAAAGUGCCUGGGGAUGACUGCCCGCUGGUCUGGGGUCAGUGCUCCCACUGUUUCCACAUGCACUGUAUCCUGAAGUGGCUGAACUCACAGCAGGUCCAGCAGCAGUGCCCCAUGUGCCGGCAGGAGUGGAAGUUCAAGGAGUGAACCUGUGGAGGCGUCGCUGCCACAGAGACGAAAGGCUCGCUCACAGACUUUUAUGUAGACUGUAAAUAAAUCUGUGUUGGUACUUCUACUAAUGCAGAACACACGCUGAAUAUGUUUUACUCUACUGGUAAGGAUUUGUGAUUAAAUUAAAUAAGAAAAAAAACAUGCAUUGUAUUGAGUCUGUCUUGAAGGUCUGGCUGAUUAUUUCCUUGGAUCGUGAAGUUUGACUUUGAUUUCAUGGCAGCUCCACACUGAUGUAUUAUUUCUUGUUUGUUUGUGUAGCUUUUCACUGUAAAACAAAGACUGUAGCUUUUCAUAUGUCAGAACCUGUCUGGAUAAAAAAUGGAAUUUUUUUUUACAAGGUUAUCAAAACAAUGCUGAUUAAAUAUCUUCUAUUCAAUUUA